CCGCACUCGGUUGUGAAGAGGCCCGAGCACUCAGGCCGGGAGCGGAGAAGCGGCCGAGCCCUGCGGGACGAGCUGUGCCCAGCGGCGGGGGGGCCGGCCCUGGACAUGCCGGUCCGAACCGAGGCCUGCAGCACGGCCUCCGGCUCCGCGUCCCUCUUCCCGCCACCUCCCAUCAACACGCAGCAGCCCGGGGUGGCCACCACCCUGCUGUACAGCGGCUCCAAGUUCCGGGGACACCAGAAGAGCAAAGGCAACUCGUACGAUGUGGAGGUGGUGCUGCAGCACGUGGACAUGGAGAACGCUUAUCUGUGCGGAUACUUGAAGAUAAAAGGCCUUACUGAGGAAUACCCGACCCUCACCACCUUCUUUGAAGGGGAGAUCAUUAGCAGAAAACAUCCUUUCCUAACGAGAAAGUGGGACGCGGAUGAAGACGUGGACAGGAAGCACUGGGGGAAGUUCCAGGCUUUCUACCAGUACGCGAAAACCUUCAAUUCCGACGACUUCGGCUUUGAGGAGCUGAAAGCUGGAGACUACGUCUUCAUGAGAUGGAAGGAACAGUUCCUGGUGCCUGAUCACACAAUCAAAGACAUCAGCGGCGCCUCCUUUGCCGGCUUCUACUACAUUUGCUUCCAGAAGUCGGCGGCAUCUAUAGAGGGCUAUUAUUAUCACCGGAGCUCAGAAUGGUAUCAGUCAUUAAACCUGACUCACGUCCCAGAACACAGCGCACCAAUCUACGAAUUCCGGUGACAGAAGCCCGACCUCACCGCCCCACAGACAGGACGGAGCUGUCCGCCCCGAGCUGGGCUGUUUCUUCUGUGACAGAGAGACUCUUAAGAAGAAUGUACGAGUGUUAAAGCAAUGAUGCGUGCAGCGGCGCCCCCUCUCUGUGCGCAGUUUUUAUUUUAAUCUGCUGCGUUUUUCUUGUUUUUUUUUAUUUUAUUUUUUUCCUGCUUGACAUUACUGUUCCAGCUUUCUCCCCUCCCCUGCUGCCAGCAACAUGGAUACCGUACCAAAACCUAAUCUACCCCCUCCUAUCCCUGAACAUGGAUUCUUGCAACCCCCAAGUGUGGUUCUGAGGAACAGGCAGUCUCCCCCUUAGACAGGGGUGUGUGCAGAACAUACCUGAGCUACACACUCCAGACAUGGGGGUCUACCCCACUCCUAUCCCUAAUAUCUUACAAAGAUUAGUAAAUCUCUCCCCCCCCCCCCCCAAAUCCCAAUGUCAAAAGGAAAGCUUAUUCCGGACUGCAAUACAUGUCCCCGUUUUCACAUUGAAAAUGGCGAAUGUCAGAUUUUUUUCUAUAUCUAUAAAUAUAUAUUCUAAAUGCACAUAUAUUUAAUCAGAAGUAUAGAUCUAUGGAUGCCUCCUGAGCGCAGAGGGAGCUGCCGAAGAUUCAGCGAUGUAUUCUGCGGUGGCCUAUUUUUCCAGGGUAUACGUGACGGGGGACGGAAAUGCGUUGCACCCCCUGAUAAUUCAGUCUCAUCAAUGAAUCCCAUCCAUCCUGCUUCUCGAGGGUCUAGUGCAAAGGAGGGAACAGCGCCAUCUGCUGUCAGACUGUGCUCACCACAGGCAGCCGAAGAGGCCCUGACCAGCGGCGAGGCGGACUGUUAGCGCAAGCGACCGGUUUUGCGAAGAGCCGCUUGGAGUUGUUGUCGUAUUUGCUAUGUGUCAUGGAUUAAAGCGUGGCUGGCAUUUCUCUCUGAUUUCUGCAAAAUCUCCAGACUUUAACGUCUAUCGCACAGUCGCCGAGAAACACGUUCAUCCUUUUUAAUUUUUUUUUUUUUCCAGUUAAAGAAAAACUCUUGCUGUUACACUGCUGAUGUGUUGCUUCAAUGUUUCAUUUAUCUGCAAACAAAAAACCACAGAAGUUUGACUGGAUUGAGAGGCCAAGUCUGGUUCUUACACUCCAGCGUACUGUCGGGGUUAAAUCUAGAGAGGAUUGAGAUUCAGGAGGGGCUAGAGUAGCCUGAUCUGAAAGGGGUUGCUUGGUUUCAGGAGAAAAUAAAAAACAGACAACCCCUUUAAAUGACAUGGAGGGUCUUGCGGUGCCCCAUUUCCUCAGGUUACGUGGUGGCAUUGCGCCGAUCGGUGCCAGUGCUGCUCAAAGGGAUACAACGUGGACAUAUUUUCAUUGCUACAACUCUCCUAAGGCCGUGUUCACAUGGUGGAGUUUGGUGCAUUUCCUGCACUGAUAUCCAUGUGGAAUCUGUCUCCUAAUAUUUUUAAUGGGAAAUUUAUAUGGACUGGGUAAUCUGCAUCGUGGGAAAAAACACAAAAGGUUAAUUCUUGGAGCAGAUUCUGCGUGGAACUCAAUGGGAGGUGUCAAAACCACAGGAUCAGAGAAAAAUAAAAAUCAGAAACGCGUGCAAUUUUAA